AUGCACGCUAUUGCAGUAACCGAGUAUGGUCCCAUUACCAACCUCAAAUCAAUCGACAUUCCCAAACCCUCCGACCCGCAAGGCCAUGAUAUUCUCGUGCGCAUGAAAGCCUGCUCUGUCAAUCCAGUCGACACCAAGGCGCGCGCUGGGACCUACGAUGACUAUCCAGACUAUUACCAACGAACACCCAAGCUUCCCCAAAUCCUUGGCUUUGAUGGCGCUGGCGUGAUAGAAAGUGUCGGAUCUGCUGUCAAGAACUUCAAGUCUGGCGACGAGGUGUACUACGCCGGUUCCCCAAUCCGACAAGGAAGCAACGCUGAAUACCAGCUGGUAGAUUCGAGAGCCGUGGCACUGAAACCAAAGAGUUUGGACUGGGAACAAGCUGCUGCCAUGCCCUUGACUUGGAUCACAGCGUAUGAAGCACUCGUGGAACGCAUGGAAAUUCAGAAGAACGAACUGGCUGGCAUUUUGAUCAUCAACGGAGCAGGAGGCGUUGGCAGCGUAGCAAGUCAGAUCGCGCGUCGUGUUCUCAACCUCCCUGUUGUAGUCACUACAGCGUCUAGAGAAGAGACGGUCAGUUUUUCAAAAGACGUAGGAGGCGCCACGCAUACCAUCGACCAUCACCAAGACAUUACAGAACAAGUUGACAAGUUGAAGCUCGACGUCCCCAUCAAAUACGUCUUCAUCACGCACACGCCAACGUCUGGCUAUCUCGCACCUGCAGCUAAGAUUUGUGCACCCUUCGGAAGAGUAUGUUCUAUUGUUCAAGACAAGGAGAUGCCAAUGUAUGGCACCGAAUUCAUGGCAAAGAGCCUUACGUUCGUUUGGGCAUUGUUGGGCACAAAACCCUAUUACGGAGUUGACAUUGAGAGUCACGGAAGAAUUCUCAAAGAACUGGCUCAAAUGCUAGAUGAUGGUCUACUCCGCGAUCUAGUAUCAUCGCCCACCUUCAAAACUACUCAAAUACUAGAUCUCUACGCCUCAAAUGGCUGGCAAACGCAAUGGAUAGCAAAAUACGGUCUGGAUAUCCAAUCCCACUAUCACUCCACCACACACGAAGCCAUGACUGUCAUCUCAGGCGAAGGUGCCACCAUCCGCUUCGGUGUUGCCGACUCACCCUCCUGGACCCAGGGAAAGCACUCACCAGGAGACAGAGCAGAUGGCGAAGAAGGCGGCAUAGACAUUGAAGCGAGAAUUGGCGACGUGUUCAUCAUACCUGCUGGCGUAAGCCACAAGACGUUUCUUCCCAAACCACAUAAUGAGAAGCUCGGGUUCUAUCAACCAAAGGAUGUUGAAGAAGGUCUGGCAGCAGAGAUUGAUGAUGAGAAGGAGCGCGAGAGAAGAAAGUUCUUUGAGAGUGUCGAGAUCGAGAAGAACUUCAUGAUGAUGGGCGCAUAUCCUUACGGUGGUGUUUGGGAUUUCGCUGUUGGAGGUGAGCAUAAUGGAAAAGAGGGAGAGGUUUGGCAUGUAAAAGUGCCAAGGAAGGAUCCUGUGCUCGGGGAUGGUGAAGAGGGCAUUCUGGGACUAUGGCAAGGGAUUUAA